AUGACAGAAAAAAAUAAAGAUUAUAACAUUCAGGGUUAUAACUUAUCUAAGUUGUUAAAAAGAUUAGAAGAUGCUACUAGUCGUUUAGAGGAUGUUACUAUUUACCAAGAAGGUUACUUGUUGGAUAAAUAUGGUCUUACUGUCAACAAUAGUGGUACUAUUUCUGAAAAACAAGCAACAACUAGUAACACCUCAAAACCAUCUGCAACUGAUGGGGAAGCAAUCAACAAAUCUCCAGUUGUAGCUCCAAUAGUAGAAGAAGAACAUAAAUCAAUUAUUGCCUACAAAGAGUUUUUAUCAAAGUAUGUUGACCCAUUUGUUGAACUAUCUGGUAAAAUUGAUCCAAUUGUUAAAGAGCAAGCUGCUUUGUUUGCUGCUGCAUUUAAUGAACAAUUGACUUUUUUGAAGGCCGCUGUUGUUUCUACCAAACCUAAUUUUGAAUCUGCAGAGUUUGCAGAAUCAUUAAAACCAAUAAACCGCAAGGUUAUGGACAUUAUAGAAUUAAAAGAUAAAAAUCGCCAAAGCAAAUAUUCAGCUUAUUUAAAUAGUGUCGCUGAAGGCUGUCCUUUAUUCAGCUGGAUUACUGUCGGUACGCCAAUGGCUGUUAUAAAUGAUUUUAAGGAAGCUGCCCAGUUUUGGACCAACCGUGUUUUGAAAGAAUAUAAAGAAACUGAUCCAAACUCUGCUGAGUGGGUUAAAACAUUUUUAAAGAUAUUUGAUGAAUUUAAAAGCUAUAUAAAAGAAUAUCAUACCACUGGCCCUUGUUGGAAAACUAGUGGUGGUAUCCCAUUCGCUGAGGCACUAUCCAAAUACUCUUCUCCUUCCGUUUCUGCUGCUGCUGCUGCCGCACCACCACCACCAUCACCACCACCACCACCGGCUUCUGUGUUUGAAGCUAAACCCCCAUCCAUGACACAAACUAACAACGGUUCUGGCAAUAUGAAUGCUGUUUUUGCUGAAUUAAACAAGGGUGAAUCAAUUACAAGCUCUUUGAAGAAAGUUGAUAAAUCCAAACCAAGCUCAAAAGCGGCUCCUUCAGUAUCAUCAUCAUCAUCACUUUCAUCUGCGCCAAAGAAGCCAGUUAAACCAGCUAAUUUGAGCACCAAAAAGCCCCCAAGAAAAGAAUUAAUAGGUAACAAGUGGUUUAUUGAACACUAUGAUAACAAUAUUGCUGAACCGCUUGUAAUUGAAGGUAGAUUGGAUGAAUCUAUUUUUAUUGGUAAUUGUAAUAAAACUUUGAUCCAAGUUACUGGUAAAGUAAAUGCAAUUACUGUUAAUCAAUCCACCGAUUUGAAUUUGAUUUUGGAUAACAGUAUUUCCGGGGUUGAAUUCAUCAAGGUUAAUAAAUUUGGUCUUCAAGUCAAUGGUUCAUGUCCUCAAAUAACUGUUGAUAAAUGUGACGUUGGUAAUAUUUAUUUAAGUAAAGAGUCCAUGGAUGCUGAUUUAUAUGCUUCAUGUUCCACUUCUUUAAACAUUAAUGUUCCUGUUGGAGAAGAUGGUGAUUUUGUCGAAUAUCCUGUUCCUGAACAAUUAAAACAUAGAUUUGUGGAUGGUAAGUUACAAUCAACCGUUUUUGAACAUGCUGGCUAG